CCCCUUUAGAGACGGCGGUGUGUCUAAGAACGCCGGGCUCUGCAAAAUGUUUGUUGACCGGGUAGUUCGGCCACACGGAAGGGUCUGUUCCCUAAUGAACAACAGGAAGGGCAUGCGCUGCCUUGCAGGGGUUUCACACGGUCGGGAAGUGAGAAUGUCCUGAGCGAGACCAGCACUUGCUGAAUCAAUGCAAACUCCUUGAGCACCGAGCUGACACAGGCUACAUCUCUCCCUGGGGACACAGCCUGCGGCGGGAUGGACAGCGUGCCCCUCAUCUGUGACUACGGCUCAGGCUUCAGCAAGGUGGGGUUUGCAGGAAUGGACGGCCCGGCGGGCGUGUUCCCAACUGUCAUCGGGCUACUUCGGCAUGAUAAGGUGCUGGUGGGUGUGGAGAAGGAGGACUGCUUCAUCGGGGACGAGGUCCAGAAGACACGAGAGAAGGUCAACCUGCUAUACCCCAUGUCUGGGGCCACCGUCACCAACUGGGACCACCUGGAAAAGAUCUGGCAUCACUCCUUCUACGAGGUGCUGCGUGUCGCCCCGGAGCAGCACCCUGUGCUGGUGACGGAGCCGCCGCUAAACACAACGUCCAACAAAGAGAAGAUGACGCAGAUCCUGUUCGAGACCUUCAACAUACCCGCCCUGUACAUAGCCAACCAAGCAGUCCUUUCUUUGUACGCCUCCGGCCAGACCUCCGGUGAGUGGCCCCAUGCAGCCCUGCUCUUUCCAGCCCACCCGCCCCGCCCCUCCCGCUGCCUGGUGACACCCCUCUAUGGUAGGAGCCCACUCCCUGUCCCCACCGAGGGGUCAUAACAGGAGAGAAAGGACCACAG